GCUCUGGAAAACACUAGUCUAAACACUCUGGACCGACCGACUGACUGAAUAUAGUCUAUGGACAGAUUUAAUGCAACGACAUAUAAGUCUAAUAUCUGCAGCCAUAAACGCAUUUGUUUGAGGCUCGGUUUCAGGUAUGGGAUUAUCAGCGGCUGUUCGCCUCUUCUCUGUGUCUGGGUGUCUGCUGCUGCUGUGUGGCUCGUCGUGGGGUAUUAAUGCAUCAGUCCCUCUGGUGAUAUGGCACGGCAUGGGAGACAGUUGUUGCAAUCCCCUGAGCAUGGGUGCAAUAAAGAAGAUGGUGGAAGAGGAAGUCCCAGGAAUAUAUGUGCUUUCCCUGAUGAUCGGGAAGUCUGUUGUACAGGACACUGAAAAUAGCUUCUUCAUGGAUGUUAAUGAGCAGGUGUCUUUUGUAUGUGAUCAGCUGGCACAGGACCCUAAAUUAAAGGGAGGCUACAAUGCAAUGGGCUUCUCCCAGGGGUCACAGUUUCUGCGAGCGGUUGUACAGCGUUGUCCAGAUCCCCCAAUGAAGAACCUCAUCUCAGUUGGUGGACAGCAUCAGGGAGUAUUUGGUCUUCCACGAUGCCCUGGUGAGAGCUCUCAUAUCUGUGACUGGAUUCGCAAGAUGCUAAACUCAGGAGCCUACACCGAUGCAGUUCAAAAACACUUGGUGCAGGCACAAUACUGGCAUGAUCCCCUCAAUGAUGACUUGUAUAAAAAGCACAGCCUCUUCCUUGCUGACAUCAAUCAGGAGCGAGUGGUGAACGAGACCUACAAGAAGAAUCUCAUGUCUCUGAAUAAAUUUGUUUUGGUUAAGUUCCUGCAGGACACUAUGGUAGAUCCUGUGGAUUCUGAGUGGUUUGGCUUCUAUAAACCUGGUCAAGCUAAAGAGCUGGAAACACUGCAGGAAAGUGCUAUAUAUACAAAGGAUCGCCUGGGUUUGGCAGAGAUGGAUUCAGCAGGGAAACUUGUGUUCCUCGCCACUGAUGGAGAUCACCUGCAGUUCACCCAAGAGUGGUUUAAUGACAAUUUACUUCCCUUCCUACGCUAAAUACUGUAACAAGCUUAUUCCUAAUGAGGGAGUUUACACGCGCACACACACACACAUACAAAAACACACACAGUCCA